CGCGCGCGCGCGCGUGCGUGACUUCUCCAAAACCGCCCGCGUCUUCGUUGCGCACGACGUCCACCGAAAGUGACCGAAUCUCCUUUCCAUCCGCGGAAGGCGCCGUCGACUUCUGUACCAUUUUUGUCCGCCGACGGCCCCCGUGGCGGGAGGCGUGUCUAGUUGCCCGGGUAUCUCUGGAAGAAGCUUGAGGAAGACUUGAGGCGUCCCGUUUGUUUACUUUUCUAGCUUUGCGCCCACACACAACUUUUCGCCACGGCGCGUUUCGGAAACGUGAGCCAGGUAGUAAUCUGGAUCCCACAGUCGGUGUUUGAAGUAGCACGUCGUCGUGUCGUGUCGCGUCGCCACGAGCUAGAAAGUCCUGCUCGGGUGGCGCAGGUCAGCUUAGCUAACGGCAGCUAACGUUAGUGAGUCCAACUAAAAACGCCGCCAGUAAGAUCCGUGACAGCCCUUAAUCUAACUUUUAACACCCGAUCAGCCUCUGCCAGGGCAGCAGGGAAAGGGAACUUCCUCUGAUAUGUAACGCUAAACCCACCCUGGGGGAUACAUGUGAAGUCUGCAAGAGCAAAGGACACACGCCUCUCUAAACAGAGUCCAGGCGUUUGUGAAUGACGUGUUUGUGGUUGUGGAAGGAGGAAAGGUUUGAAUUUCAGCUUUCUGUUGCGUCUCCACCUCCAUCUCCAAACGUGCGCGGGUGCGCGCUCGCCGCCGCCGCCGCCGCCAUGGGCACGGCCUCUUCCAUGGUGAGCCCCGGGGACGUGAUCGAGGACGCGUACGGAGGCGAGGGCGGAGAAGCCUGCGAGAUACCGGUGGAGGUGAGGCCCAAGGCGCGCCUCCUGCGCGGCUCCUUCCGCCGGGGCCCGCGCGCCAUCGGCGCCAGCUUCAAGUCCACGGGCUCCGUGGAGCUCGAGUGCGCCGCCGAGUACGAGCGCCUGAGGAAGGAGUACGAGAUCUUCCGCGUCAGCAAGAGCAACGAGAUCGCAUCCAUGCAGAAGAAGGAAGCCAAGCUGGACGAAGAGAACAGGCGGCUGCGCGCGGAGCUGCAGGCUUUGCAGAAGACUUAUCAGAAGAUUCUCCGGGAGAAGGAGAGUGUUCUGGAGGCUAAGUACCAAGCCAUGGAGAGAGCUGCCACCUUUGAACAUGACAGAGACAAAGUGAGACGGCAGUUUAAGAUCUUCCGCGAGACCAAGGAGAAGGAGAUCCAGGACCUGCUAAGGGCCAAACGGGACCUGGAGUCCAAACUGCAGCAGCUCCAGGCUCAGGGCAUCCAGCUGUAUGAUCCCGCCGACUCUGACUCAGACGACAACCACACGAGCAUCACGACCGCAGGGACUCAGUGCGAGUAUUGGAGUGGAGGUGUUCUGGGUAGUGAGCCCUCUAUGGGUAGCAUGAUGCAACUGCAGCAGUCUCACAGGGGGCCCGAGUUUGCUCACAGUCUCAUUGACGUAGAGGGGCCAUUCGCCAAUGUCAGCAGAGAUGAUUGGGAUGCAGCAGUAGCCAGCCUGCUCCAGGUCUCUCAUGUGUCUCAGGCCUUAUGGAGUAAUACAGUCCGCUGUUACCUCAUCUACACCCAAGAGACCAGAGCAGAGCUCCAUGCCUUUAUACAGACUCAUUCCCCCGGGCUGAGACGCUUUUGUGAGGGUUUGGGACAUUUCUACCUGAACGUGUGUUUCCCUGAGGAGAAGGCUGCUCUGUACGUCGAAGAACGCAAGGUGGAGAUUGAGAGGAGCUCUGUGUGUGUGCUGCUGCUUAAGUCCUCGGUGUCCAGCUGUUUGGUUGAAGAUGUGGACGAGGCGUUUGUGAGGACUCCCGAUGCUCGCCCUCUGCUGCUGUAUCUGAGAACCGAGCAGGGGAAGGGCGAGUCGGACAGGACAUCUUCCUCCCUCAGUCCUGCUGCCAGAGAGUUGCUGGAGAGGGUUAACAAGGCAGACAAGGGCGCGAAGGUCAAGGUGGUGGACCACGCAGGCUCUGCAGAGGAAGGAGCCGCGCUCGUCUAUGCUCAGCUAGAGAAGAUUAUAAAACAGGAGCUCCUGGGGUUGGAGCAGGAGGACAGUGGUCCGGCGGAGGAGAGGGAGGACCUCGACUCGGGAGAUGUUCUCUGGGACCUUCACGAUGACCAGGAGCAGACUGAGGCUUACCAACACACCUGCAGCGCUGCUGCACAUGUCAGCUUCCAGAAGUAUGUCGACAGCCUGAACGACAUGGUGGCUGCCCCUCCUCCCACUCCUCCUCUCCUGGUUUCAGGAGGUCCAGGCUCAGGCAAAUCUCUCCUGCUUGCUAAAUGGAUGGAACUGCAACACAAGCACUCCCCCAGCACCCUGAUCUUCUAUCACUUUGUGGGCCCUGCCCUCUCGGCCAGCGCAGAACCCGUCCUCAUCAUCAAACGCCUCACUGUGAAGCUCCUGCAGCACUUCUGCUCAAUGUCGGGCCUGCCCACGGACCCCUGCAAGAUUCUGGAGGAGUUCCCCCGUUGGCUGGAGAGGCUGUCAGCACGUCACCAUGGCAACAUUGUCAUCGUCAUCGACUCCAUCGACCAAAUCCAGAAUGCUGAGCGACAUAUGAAGUGGCUGAUUGACCCUCUUCCUCCCAACGUCAGAGUGCUGGUGUCAGUCAAUGUGGAGACAUGCCCGCAGGCAUGGAGGCUGUGGCCCACACUGCACCUGGAACCACUCAACCCCAGAGAAGUGAGAAGUGUCAUCCACACAGAGUGUGUGAACACUAACGCCAAACUCACAAAAGACCAGGAGAUGAAAGUGGAACGGCAGUGCUGCUCGCCGUCCCACAGUGCCCUCUAUGUCUCUGUGCUGGCCAGACUCCUCACCUACUCCAGGUCCACCUGCUCCUUGGAGAGGAGCCUACAGCAGGCCUCCACGUGCCAGGACACGGUGGCGUUGUACAGACUCAGCCUGAAGGUGGCGCUAGACGCACUCAACACCGACAGAGAAAGGCACGUCAUGAAAGAGUUAUUGGGCCUGGUGUGCGCCAGUCAUAAUGGCGUGAGCGAAUCGGAGGCAUUGGAGAUGUUCCCGGAGCUGAGCUUCCCCGCCCUCUCCUCUCUGCUCUGCUCCCUGCGCUGGCUGCUCCUCGUCUCAUUCUCCUGUGGACUCGUACGCUUCUGCCACCAACAGGCGUGUGAGGCCGUGAUGCAAGAGUUUCUGCAGGGCGGUAGGUCCUGUUCCGUCUACAGACAGAAGCUGAUUAGCUAUUUCAGCCACCUGCUGAGUGAGAACAGAGUGACAUGGCGUGUCGCCGAUGAGUUGCCAUGGUUACUGCAGCAGCAGGAUGACCGGAGUAAACUACAGCUCAGUCUGCUUAACCUGUUUGUCUCACAGAAUCUUUACAAGAGGGGUCGUUUCUCCGAGCUACUUGCCUACUGGCAGUUCGUGGGGAAGGACAAGGUGUCCAUGGCGACGGAAUAUUUUGAUGCCCUGAAGGAUUUCGAGCGCAAGUGCGAGAGCGAGGAGAGCAUGAGCCGUCUGGCCAGCCUGUACGAGAUGCUGGGGCGUUUCCUCAAGGACCUGGGUCUGCUCAGCCAGGCGGUAGGCCCCCUGCAGCGCUCCCUGGAGAUCCGAGAGACAGCCUUGGACCCUGACCACCCCAGCGUGGCCCAGUCGCUGCACCAGCUGGCCGGCGUCUAUGUGCUGUGGAGGAAGUUCGGCAACGCAGAGCAGCUGUACAAGCAGGCGCUGGAGAUCAGCGAGAACGCAUUCGGACAUGAGCACGGCAGCGUGGCCCGCCACCUCGACGCCCUGGUGCUCCUCUACCAGAAGCAGAACAAGUAUGAGCAAGCCGAGAAGCUCCGCAAGAGAUCCGUCAAGAUGAAACAGAAACUGGCUCGGCAAAAAGGUCACAUGUAUGGAUUCACUCUCCUGCGUCGGCGAGCACUACAGCUGGAAGAGCUGACUCUUGGUAAAGACUCCGCUGACUGUGCCAAGACUCUCAACGAGCUGGGAGUCCUCUACUACCUCCAGAACAACCUAGAUGCGGCGAAGGUGUUCCUGACACGCUCUCUGGAGAUGCGCCAGCGCGUGCUGGGCGCCGAACACGCAGAGUGCGGGCAGUCGCUCAACAACCUGGCGGCACUGCACAGCGAGCGGGCCGAGUACGAGGACGCCGAGCGCCUGUAUGAGCGGGCGCUGGAUCUCCGCACACGCGCCCUAGCCCCCGACCACCCCUCGCUGGCCUACACGCUCAAACACCUGGCCAUGCUGUACAAGCGCAGGGGGAAGCUAGAGAAGGCGGUGCCUUUGUACGAACUGGCUCUAGAGAUCCGAGAGAAGAGCUUUGGGCCCAAGCACCCGUGUGUGGCUACAGCUCUGGUGAACCUCGCCGUGCUCUACUGCCAGCUGAAGAAACACAGUGACGCGCUGCCGUUGUAUGAGCGAGCUCUCAGAGUGUAUGAGGACAGCCUGGGCCGGCAGCACCCGCGAGUUGGGGAGACUCUGAAAAACCUGGCAGUUCUCAGCUACGAGGAAGGAGAUUUCGAGAAAGCUGCCGAGCUCUAUAAACGAGCCAUGGAGAUCAAGGAGGCGGAGCCGUCCCUGGUGUGUGGGAAGGCCCCCUCCCGUCACUCCUCCAGCGGCGACGCCUUCAGCCUGCAGAGCCCCGCCUUCCUACCCCACAAUAGUAGGUGACCCUGAUCCCUGCGCUGGUGAACAGACUUCUAACCGAGGCGUCAUCCUUUCACACUAAGUGCACCUCUACAAUUAAGCACGGACUGAAUUUUGAAACGCAUAAGGGAGCCAUUUUUCUCUGGUAUUGGAAGUAUUUGUCAGGUGCUGGAGGUCUGAAACAGAAUGUUUCAGUCUUUUUUCCUGCUGUAAACACUACUAUUUUACAGUAUUUAUUAACAGUAUUUUUAAGGUGUUAGCCUUGUUCCAGAGCAACGGUCCCUUUCUGUCUCCAGUGUCAUGUGAGCAGUAGGAUUGGAUCUAAAUGUGAGUGUAAACCUGCCUUAGAACUACACUACAGCUGUCUGGCCUCCAGUGCCGCGGUCUCCUGAGUCAAAGGCUCGUGGCUAUAAAUGUGAAAAGAGCUUUAGGAGGAGGACGAUAAACAGAUGACUGGGUACUGGGGGGGAUGAUGAAACUAUUUUUUAAGAACCAUUUAAUCGAGAUUCCACUGAAGAUGUGCUGCACUUUUGAAGAGAAUCAUGACCUUUUACAUCCCCAAAACGCUUCUCUGUAGUGUGUGUGCGGUGUGUUCACAGUAAAUGCCAGUCAGACGUGUGCUUGGUUUGUGACACCUCCUGUUGUUUUAUAUUGUUCAUACAUCAUCUAUUGGAUCAGAUAGUCGGAGGUCCACACGUGAUCUCCAGAAGCCCCAAUUAUGGUUUGUUCUGCCAUUUAUUAUAAUUAUGUAUUUUUAUAUUCUGAUUCUCAGACGUUGCAGCUUUUAGAUCCCAAAUUCUACUUAUACAUAUAACUUAAAUAUUAACAAAAUACUGAGCUUCUGUUAAUUUGAUCUUUUGUUUGUUUUUCUGGCGACACAUCCACAUUCUCCUGUUCAGAGCGGCGGAUUCCUGCAGCGUGUCCUAAACGUGGUGCCAUAGCGUAGCCUAUACUAGCCGGCUCACCCCACUAACGUCGCGCUGUUUGCAGCACUAAGCCCAAGUCUAGAUUCGCAGUCUGCAGCUGUGCUGCUUCAGGAAAACAUUAACCCGUAUCCGCACUCAGCUCAGGAUGUCAAAAUGCCUGAUCAACUCAGUAUAAUACCCCAGCCAUAUGAGAUUAUGGAGGCUGCAACUUGAGAAAAGGCUUAGCACUGUUUUGUAUUACAUUAAAUAUUAAUAGUCUUCAGGGUGAAAUUACAAAGUUCACUGACUUCAAAACAUACCAAUUAAUGUAGAUUGAUACUGUGUGUGUGUGUGUAUAUAAAAUCUGUAUUAUUUGGUAUGUUUUGAAGUCAGGAGAGAGAUUGAUUCAAAAUUGUAGUACACAAUCUCCAGAGAAACAGAACAUCCUUCCUCAGCUGCGCAAGCAUAGUGGACAUAUAUAUAAUGUCUGAAGAAUACACUGAGAAUGUUUUUAUCCGUAUGACUUACACAGCGAUUGCUACCGAGUGCACUCUGAACAACGCCAAACCUUUACUGCGUCAGGCAGAGGCACUAGGGGGCACCGUGUGGAGUUCACGCUGCCGUCCAUGUUUUGAUACUUAGAGAGAAAGCGUUUGGCCCCCCAUGCCAGGUCUUAAUGUGAAGCUUGUGUGCAGUCCUAAUACAUCUGUUUACACUUAGAAAAGAAGUAUGUUAUUUGUAUACAUGUAUGAAGAUGAGUUUUAUACGGCUGUUAGUGAAAUUAGAUUUGUUAUAAGACAUCUGUUAAUAAUACAACAAUUUAUACCAUCUUAUGCAAGCAAAUUUCUACACAUUUUAUACCCAGAAUGUACAGCAUGAUGUGUACACCAUAUUAACAUAAGUAUUACAGAAAUACAAUGAAGGAACAAAUAAAGUUAUCUUGUGUGUA